UGUUUUAUAAAUAAACACUAAUUUUAAUUAAAAAAAUGCUGUAGUGAUGUUUGUUAGCACAAAGCAAAACGACAUCGUUUGGUAGCCCAUCAGAAUUCAAUACCAAAUCAUCAUCUGUGAGCGAUACCCUAAUUCACUUCAAUGGAACGAAGAUAAGGUAAUUUCAUGGUAUUUGCAGCUCACAUGGUUGUUCCUUCCUCAAUUCAUAUUCAUUGUAUCAAGUUUUGAUUUUCCUCUCUGCGUUUUCUCCAUUUCAAAUGCUUCGUAGUUCAUCUGCUACCUCAAUGUAUACCAAUAUCUCCAAAGCCCAAGCUUUUCCUCUCGCAGCUAAAAUCUCUUCGCAACCCAGAUGCUUCACUUCACUCCCCACCUUAAAGUUCCAAUCUUUACCAUUUGUAACGAACCCCAGAUAUAAAUUUGGAACCUUGGAAGUGGGAAGAGUAGCAAAUCCACAUGGGGUGAUGCUACGAAUUGCUAGGAGAUAUUGUAGUUCGAGAAGAUUCUCUAUGCCGGCUAGUGCUGAAAAGCAGCUUCCUUGGUUAGCAGCUAAUGAAGGUAAAAGGGUGGAGAAAGGAAGGAGAACCAGGGUCAGUAGCUCUAUUCAGGAGGAUUCAGCAAAGAAAGUUAGUAGUAGUAGUAAGUCCUCUUGGGAGCAAUCUAUUGAAAUGUUGGAGAAUUCAACGGUUCCGGAAUCGAAGCAGCGAGCACCUGCAGCAUCGGUUUCUAUGAAGGGUAGGGAAAGGAGGAAUGUAGUGGUUGAGAAGGUGAGAGAGCAAAGAAAUGAUUAUGGUAGAAGAUAUGGGAAGUUUGAUGAUAAUGUUGAAGGAGGUAGAAGAUAUGGGAAGUUUGAUGAUAAUGAUAAAGGAGAUAGAAGAUAUGGGAAGUUUGAUGAUAGUGAUGAAGGAGGUAGAAGAUAUGGGAAGUUUGAUGAUAAUGAUGAAGGAGGAGGUGAUGAUGAAAUGGAGGAGCCUGUGGACAAUCCAAGGUGGGAUAACAUAAAGAAUAGGUUCAAUGGGAUGAGGGGAAGGGUUGGAGGAGAAAGACCUGAGUUUCGAAGAUGGGACCGGCAGGAAAAUUGGGGUAGAAAGACAUGGAAGGAGGCAUCAGAAUCCACUGUGCCUAGGAUUGUUGGUGAGGGAAUCUAUGGGGUUGGUCCAGUUUUGGCUGCACUAUCAGCUGGAAGAAGGGAGUUCUAUGCAUUGUAUGUGCAAGAAGGAUUGGACUUGAGUAGCAACAAUAGGAAGAAGAAGGACAAGAAAGGGUUUGAGAAAGUUAUGAAGAUUGCUGAAAAGUUUGGUUUAAGUAUAAAAGAAGUAUCUAAGCAUGAUCUGAAUAUGGUGGUUGAUAAUCGUCCGCAUCAGGGUUUGGUUUUGGAUGCCUCGCCGCUAGAGAUGGUGAAAAUAAUGGAACUUGACCCUGUUUCUGCGGGAGAAGGGGAGGGUUCCCUUUGGGUAGCCUUGGAUGAGGUUACUGAUCCUCAGAAUUUAGGGGCAAUAAUUAGGUCUGCUUACUUUUUUGGAGUUUCUGGGAUAGUUUUAUGUGCAAAGAAUUCAGCUCCAUUGAGUGGUGUUGUGAGCAAAGCAAGUGCAGGCUCGCUUGAAUUAAUGGAACUCAGAUAUUGCAAGAACAUGAUGCAAUUCCUAGUGGCUUCAGCUGAAAAUGGUUGGCGUGUUCUUGGGGGCUCAGUCUCUUCCAAAGCUGUUUCUUUGGACGAGGUUACUCCUGGUCCACCGACUAUUCUUGUUUUGGGCAGUGAGGGCACUGGUUUGAGGCCUUUGGUGGAGAGGUCAUGUACUCAACUGGUUACAAUUCCUGGGAGUAUUCCUUUUGACUCGAGUACUAGUGAAUUGGAUGGUGAAAGUACUGCUUUGAAUUGUGAGAGCUCUGGUAAAGAGUUCCUCUCAUUUUUGGCCGUGGAAAGCUUAAAUGUUAGUGUUGCAGCUGGUGUGCUUCUUCAUCACUUAAUUGGGAAAAAGUCGGUAGAUUUAUCGCAAGGUGAGCACAGACACACGGAUGGGUCUGAGUGUGACUAAAAAGCCUCAAUUUAUCUAGUCUGCUCUCUCUUACUUAUAGCAUGUUUUAUCAAUAGUCUAGAAUCACUUCUGGUUAGAAACUACAAGUAAUAGCUUAUGAGUAAUCGUACAAUGAAUUUUGUGCAAAUCGUGAAACCUAACAUUCAGUUAGUGUCUUUUGAUGGAUCCCUAUUUUAUUUAUGUGACUACAUUGUAGUGUCUCCUUUUAUAUAUCCUUUGAUCAUGUAAUCAUAUUACAA